AUGAUGUAUUUUAUGAGGCUAGACUGGUUGGGGUCGCGGGCAGAGCUGCUGUGGACCUCCAGGUUCCUUCAUGGGGAUGAGAUGAGCCUGGGGUUCACCCAGAGGGAUGAGUUGAGCAGGACCUAUGGAGAGAACCAAGACGAGACCAGGGAGUCCCCGACCACCUCCAGCCAAUAGUGGGGGAAUGAUGAGACACUUACCAGUCCCUCCAGCAGCAACUGUCUCAAAAUCACCACCUGGGAGGUGGGAUGGAACGUGACCAAUGCCAUUCAGGUACCUAGAUUUCAGACUUCUGACCUUAUGUUUUAUGUGUUUUUCCCACUCUCAAGAAAUGUCUGUGGAUGAUAAUGAAUGUUAGAGAGUGCACUGGAUGAGCAUUACCGGUAUUGCGUUGUUGUUGUUGUUGUUGUUGUUGUUAUUGUGCCUAGAGGAUGCAUUGGAAAUAUAUUUAAUGGAAGAAACAGAAAAGCUGAGAAUAAUCAUGUGUAAAAUGUUUGUAAACUAGGCCAUUUCAAUAACUACAGCAUAAUUGUAGUGUGUAAGUAAAUGUGCAUUUCAGCAGUUUUCCCCCUAUUCGUAUUCGAAUCAACAGUGUCCCAGCCUUUUUAAUAUGAUCAUUAGGCUACUUACUUGUGUUUGUGUUCACAACAUUUUCUAUGCCAGAGCAUGAUUAAUUGAAAAUCUGUUCACAACUUCAUCUGUUCAGAUCUUAUCUUGUCAUACCAUCAUCAUACUUUUCCAACAACACUAAUUACCCAGUGUCCUAUUGUCUUUCCUGACUCUAUCUAUGUAGUGCAUCUACAUAUUUACUCAGAAUCGCAUUAUAAACAGAGUUUGUUUACUUAGCUACAUUGUUCUGCAUUGUGAUUUGACUAGAAGCCAGACUGUGCUCAGACUAUCCAAUUAGGAGUUUGUUGCCAGAUUUGAUUGUUGUGUUAAUGUUGUGUACUGAUUAGUCUAGAGUACAUGAAGAAAUCAUCCUUUAAUGUGUGUCAAUUUUCAAACAAUCAUGUCUCAGGCAAAGAUCUGUAAUUUACACUCUCCUUGGUGAUGACUCACACUUUAUUAGAAAAAUCACUGCAUGUUCCCACUCUUUCUGUUGUUCACUUGUUUUUUCCUUUCUCCUAGGGUGUCUUUUUUCUGGGGCUGCCUUACGCACUCCUUCAGAGUGGCUACCUAGGACUGCUUCUGCUCGUUCUGGCUGCGGUCAUCUGCAACUACACAGGUAAGAUCCUCGUAUCCUGCCUGGACAACGAGGAGGGCCAGCCCAUACGAGUGCAGGACACCUACGAGGACAUCGCCAACACCUGCUGUAAGCGCAUUUGCCCCCUGCUGGGCGGCCGGGUGGUGAACGCAGCACAGGUGGUGGAGCUGAUGAUGUAUCCUCUACCUGGUGCUCAGCACCAACAUCAUGUGUCACAGCUUCUCCUUCCUACCACUGCCCCCCGCUGCCUGGUCCGUGGUGACCUUCCUGACCCUGGUGCCCUGCAUGCUGAUCCGGGAACUGAGGGUGGUCGUGGUCUCCAGACUCAGCCUGCUCUGCUCCCUGGCCCAGUUCCUCAUCACCUUCAUCGUGGUAGCCUACUGCCUGCACCAAGCCCACCGCUGGUCCUGGAGGAGGACGGUCCUCUUGGUGGACUUUGACAGGUUCCUGGUGUCCGUGGGGGUCAUCAUCUUCAGCUACACCUCCCAGAUCUUCCUGCCCACCCUGGAGGGAAGCAUGGAGGACAAGGGGGACUUCUCCAACAUAAUGAGCUGGACAUACUCCCUGGCUUGUGUAUUGAAGACCACCAUCUCUGUGCUGGCCUUCCUCACCUGGGGGCGAAGAUAUCAAAGAGGUGAUCAUUGA